AUGGAUGUGGUUUUCAGCUUGCAAGCCUUGUUUGUUCUUUUGGCCAGGGCUGUGUUGACUGAAUCAUCUGCCAUGAAGGCUGUGAUGGUAGUGGUGGGCUUACUAUCUUUCGUUCACAUUGAGAUGGUCACGGUUCUCAGCGGGGAGCAUCCAAGAAUCAUGGCCGUUGGUAUCGACAAGCUGAGUAGCUGUGUCGUCAACCACGAUUGGACUCCCGUGAGAUGGCGGAUCUACCGGUGCAGCAGAAGCAGCGAGUAG